UAAAGAAGCUGAAGAUGGCGGCUGCGACCGUCGCGGGGCUCGACGUGCACAGGAUGGAGGAGAAGAAGCUGGAGUACUUCUCCUCCAUCAACUCCAUGGCCAGUAAGAUCAUGCAGGAGCGGGAGAAGAUAAAGAACAAGCACGGCUCGUCCUGGGACAAGAUGAGCCCGCAGGAGCAGGACAGCGCCAUCGACAGCUGGAUGAUGGACCCGCAGGUUCGAGCCCGGUACGCGGCGCACCGGCUGGAGCGGCCGGAGGUGGUGUGUUACCCGAAGCUGCUGCUCCAGACCGGGCAGAAGAUGGUGCACUUCGGGGAGGAGGACAUCACGUGGCAGGACGAGCACUCUGCACCCUUCUCAUGGGAAACCAGGAGCCAGCUGGAGUUCAGCCUGACGUUGGUGGAUCCGAUCACAUCGACGUCUCAGAGCGACUCGAAGCCGGCGAAGGUUCCUCACCAGGGUCAGCUGGGCAAAAACACUCCAGGAAAUAAGGUGUGUGUGAGCGAGAGCCGCAGGACGGAGGAGGAGUCGUCCUUCUGGAAGAUCAGCGCUGAGCGAUCCAGACUGGAAGGAGAACAGAACGACUUCACGUCUCUGACUCCGAGUCAGAUCAAGUCUCUGGAGAAAGGAGAGAAGUCUCUGCCGUCUUACCUGAGACAGGAGACCUCGGUUCCCUCCAAGGAUCCGGAGCCAGCAGACCUGCAUCCUCCGGCUUCCAGCAGGUCCGCCAAGCAGCGAGCACCCAAACCUCCGGCCCCUCAGCCCCCCCUCCCCCCCACCGUCCCCCUCUCCGUCCCCGUCCCCGUGCCGGUCGCCGUCAGCGCCACGCCGGCCUCCAUCUCCAUCUCCCCGAGCCCGGCGCCGCCCGUCAGCGUGUCGUCGUCGGUGGCCGGCUGGGAGCGCUCUCAGAGCACGCUGCCCUCCGUCAGCAACACGCACGACGAGAUGUUCUCCUCCAGCAUGAUGAGCAAGACCCCCAACCUGCCGGCCAGCGCGGAGAAGAAGCAGGAGAAGAAGAAGGAGAAGCAGCAGCAGCAAGAGAAGAAGAAGCAGCAGCAGCAGCAGGAGGAGGAGUCACCCAACAGCCCCACCUUCUCCCAGUUCAACACAAGCAGCAACAUCCUGAAGACUGGAUUCGACUUCUUAGACAACUGGUAACCACGGAGACCGGUCGCUGCUCUGAACGAACCAUCACCAUCAUCAUCAUCUUCAUCAUCAUCACUCUGAAGAAGGACCGCACUCAACAUGUCUGUAAUCAUCCUCAGUGGCUUGUUAAGGCACCGCCCCCCCCCCCCUUUAGAAGAGUGAUUAAGGUUCAAUCUUUAUAGGUUUUAUAGUUUUAUUGCCAAAUAUCCCAAAAAUCCCCCCAACUGUGCAUCCACACUGCUGCAGCUGAUCUUUCACUUCAUCACAUUGUCUCUGCUGCAGCUGAUAAACAUUAAAUAUAACAAUAAGUUUAUAAUGCAGCCAAAAGUAAUUAAAAUGUUUAUUAUCCAGCUGUUAAAAUAAUUAUUCUUGUUGUUUUUGCAACUAAAACUGCAAAAAAAGUGACGUUACUUUUCUUUUUUUAUCAGUUAAACAGCUUCAGAUGUAGAAAAUAAAUAAGAUAUAAAUUAAAAAAGGUUAAUUAAGACGUAAAAGUGCAAAAAGAAGCAAGUUUAAUCUCAUUUAAUGCAGAUGUGAGACGACUGGGCUCAUUUCUCUCUGCUCUCACUGCUUCUAAUGUUCAGUUAAAAACACUACAGAUCAACUCCAGCUGCUUUUAAAUCAUAAUAAUAAUAAUAAUAAUAAUAAUAAUAAUAAUAAUAGGGUUUUAAAUCUUUUUAUGCUGUUAACGCUUUCAAGUAAUGGGAACAUUUGAUUGGCUGUUACAGUCAAACUCUGCAGUGUGUUUGCACAGGAACUGCUGCCUUCAUGUUUAACACUAAACCAGUCAGCAUGAAAACACUUUUAUCACUUUCUUCUCUUUUUUUUUGUUGCUUUUCUUUCAUGUGAUUUUAUUUAUACCUGCUUCUAUAUUUCCUAUAAAAACCCUUUUUAGAGUUAAAGUAGUGCUCAGUGCUGCAGCUUUGCCUCAUUCAUUAAAGACCAGAUCUGAGAGUCUGACUCAUGUGGAAACUCCCGGCGUUACCAUGGGAACCAGUUACAGCUUCAGCUCCUCGCCAACACCUCACUCCUCCCUUAAAAAAAAAAAAAAAAAAAACACAGCGUGACCUUUGACCUGCACGAAGCAGCGCUGAGCAGGAAGCUAGUGUCGUGUAUUUGUACCACUUGUGUCAUAGAUCUAAACCAGAACCCAGUUUACAGGACUUAGAGUUACUAUUUUACUGAAUUUUAUAUUUAUCCAGCUGAUUGUAUCUUUAUGCUACAAACAUGUAUAUUGCACUCAUGCAUUUUUGAGAUCACAGAUCA